AUGUCUUGUGAACGUCAACUUUCCGAUCUGCGUAAUUUAGUUAAUGACCUUUAUUCUCUAGGUAAUACAAUUGGUAAAGGUCAUUUUGCUGUUGUGAAAAUUGCUCGACAUGUUUUUACACAAAAAGAAGUUGCUGUUAAAGUUAUCGAUAAAACAAAAUUAGACGAAAUAUCUAGAAUUCAUUUAUUGCAAGAAGUCGAAUGUAUGAAAUUAGUUCAACAUCCAAAUGUUGUUCGUUUAUAUGAAGUUAUUGAUACAUCAAAUAAACUUUAUCUUAUUUUGGAAUUAGCUGAUGGAGGAGAUAUGUACGAUUAUAUUAGUAAACAUGUUAAUGGUCUUAAUGAAUCAUUAGCACGAAGAUAUUUUCGACAAAUAUGUCAAGCACUUAAAUAUUGUCACAAAAUGUAUGUGUGCCAUCGAGAUCUUAAACCGGAAAAUUUAGUUUUCUUCGAGAAACAAGGCAUUGUUAAAUUAACUGACUUCGGUUUUUCUAAUCUAUUUUCACCUGGUAAAAAAUUGUUAACGAGCUGUGGAUCUCUUGCAUAUUCAGCGCCUGAAAUUCUACUAGGUGAUCCAUAUGACGCACCAGCAGUUGAUAUAUGGAGUUUGGGUGUAAUAUUAUUUAUGCUUGUAACUGGUCGUGCACCAUUCCAAGAAGCCAAUGAUUCCGAAACAGUGAUGAUGAUACUCGAUUGUUCUUAUAAAGUUCCAUCACAUAUUUCUUUCGAGUGUCAAAAUUUAAUUCAUCGAAUGAUUGUACGUGAACCAGAAAAACGUGCAACACUUGAUGAAGUUAUGUCUGAUAUAUGGUAUCGACAAUAUGAAGAUGAUGGUAAUGAUAGUGAACAACAUCAUAUUGAUUCAUUACGAUUAAUAUCACAAGAUGAUCAUGAAUUUAUUCUUCGUCAAAUGAUUGAUGGAGAUAUAGCCGAAAAAGACACAAUAUUAAAAUCUUUAAAUGAGAAGGAAUAUAAUUAUAUAACAGCAACAUAUUAUCUUCUUGCUGAAAAAAUUUUACAUGCUAAAUUUGACAAUGAAAAUCGAAAUGUUAAACGACAUAAAUGUUCCUUACAGCCUGCACAUGAUCCAUUUAAAGAACAAACUAAUGUAUUUAUAUCCUCAACAUUACAUUUUAAUUUUGCUGAUGUUUCUUUACCAAUAUCAAGAGGAAAUUCUAUGGAUGAGAAUUUAGAUGAUGUUUUUGGAAAAGAAAAUAUACCACCAAUACUGAUGACUCCAAAACAUUCAAUUGAUUCUGUCACUGAACAAAUUUUAUCAGCCCUAGUUGAAGAUGAUGAAGAAAUACUAUUGUUACAACAGCGUACAACUAGUACAAAUAUAGCAACAACACCAGCACAAGCUAUGAAAAUUAUACUUGAAGAAGAUGAAAAUCCAGAAUCACCACCGACAGAUGCACCAGAUACAAGUAUUCAACAAUUAAUCAACCUUCCAAAGCUCAAUAAAAUUGUUGAAAAUGAACAUGAAGAUGAUAAAUUAUCUGUAUCGAAUCCAACUACUCUUAUAGAAAAUUCUACAACAACUAGUAAUAUUCUUCGUUCAAAAGAUUUACGUUCUGCCGUCGAAAUUAAACGUCGAAAUUUGUCUCGUAGUUGUUCUAGUUCUGAUAGUGAAGAUAAUGGAAGUAAUUAUGAUAUAAAUCAUUCAACUAAUCAAAAACAUAUACGUUCACCAAACUCUUUUCAUGAAUCUGAAACUAUAAUUAAUUAUCGUGGCCGAUCAUUAAGUAAUAUUGAACAUAUUUCACAUGAAAUUCCAACAAAUAUUCAACAACAAAUAAUUCUACCAAAUAAUAGUGAAAAUAUGAAACGAAAAAGUUUUUCACGAACUAGUUCAAUUAUUUCAACGAAUCGUUUUACAUUAAUUAAUAUGAAUGAUGAUAUGCAUACGGAUACAUCAAUUUCAAAUAGUUCAAUAUUAAUUAAUGAUCGUACACGUAGUUUAUCAAAUGAACAUCGUUUUGCAAAUCCAUCACAAAUAUCAAUUGCAUCACGAACAUCUUUACGUCAUUCAACACCACGUGAAUCAAUUGUAUUUACCAAAACAGAUGCACCAAAUUUUAUACGUUUAUUACAACAAAAACAACAUCAAGAUACAAAUGAUGCAAUACGAAGUGUAAAUGAAAAUCAUCGUUUACCAUUAACAUUAUCACAUCAAGAACAUAUCCAAACACCAAGUAUUGUUGAAGAAGAUACUUCAUCACCAUUAAUAUCAAAACCAAAUAAAAAUAUAAUGUCAUCUGUCACGACAAUGAUUGGUAAUGAUGUAACAAAGUCUGAUGUAAUUAUUCCAACAAUAGAACAUGUUAAUAUAGGUAAUGGUCAUGUUUUAUCAUCACCACAUUCAGUAUUAUCAACAUUGAAAUAUUCACUUAUUAAACAUCAACAACGUCAACGAAAAUCUAAUAAUGAAAAUUCAACAAAUAUAGGUGAUAAACAAAAACUUUCAACUAAUAAACAUCGAGUGUGUUGUACAAUUUUAUAA